UGGAGACUCAACGCGAUACUUAUGUUAUAAUACGCAUUGAGUCUGAAUCUGACGUGAUAUGUGAUAACAAGGGAAGAUGAUCAUGAUCAACAACACCUCCAAGGUCCAGGGAUCAAUUGCUUAUACAAAAUAGAAAUUGCUGGGAUCAGAAAUUUCGAGAUGGGAUCAUCAGAAAAGCUAAAGCACAGUUAUUGUUAUUACUGAACCUUCAAUGACAAGAACAAGAACGUCAAUAGUGACAAGAUUGAGAUUCUACAUUUUUUAACUGCAGGAAAAACACAACACGGAAAAGAACAACGCAACAAUAAAACUUCUAUCUAGAAAAAUUAUUGUUACCUCCGACCUAGUAGUUUUUUGACCUCGCUCUUACACUCCCAACCUCGUUCAAUAAUCACAUAUUUUUUGACCUCCUUUUACUCCCGUUCACUUGUUCGCCCACUUUUUUUGAUUUAUUUUUGGUGAUCCUCCUGAAGUAAUCCUUGUGUUCUCUCGGAAACAAUUUUACUCGCUUGUUUUGACUUUUUACUCCACCUCUUCCGUUUGUUUUGAAAUUUUCCCUGGCAUCCUUAUAGUUAGAAGCGUUUGAUAUUCAUUAUAUUCAUUCAUUAGUUCUCGGAAAGAAGAUUUUCAACUUCAUCAGCAUAUCACCUUCACCUACACCUACUAACUUUAAGUUUUAUACAUAUAAAAAUUAGAUUGACACUCAUUCUCAUCAAGAAUAAAGUAAAGGUCGUCUUGAACAAUAGACUCACAUCUGAUUGUAUACUAUUACUAACACAUUGUAGGAAAACAUCAAGAUGCCAACCUUUGCUCCGAAGAUGUUAAUGUCGAGAAACACCACGACCCUGAUGGGACGAGCCGUGGUGAUGCAUCUGGUGUUUUGGGGACAGCAUUUUCAUGCAGUCAAUGGCGUCUCUUUCACAACGAAAGAUCUUACUAUCGUUCUCGAGGAUGGUGGCGUUGGUAAGCUCUUGAAAGAGCUUGAUGACCGUAAAAAACAAGACGAGGAUGCGUCGACUGCCUCCGGUUCCGAAGCCGACUCCGAGACGAGUCCCGGCGCUUCAGCUUCUUCCGAGGAAGGCUCCGAUAUGUGGUCUCCUGGUGACCCGUCAACGCGCGCUGCUAGUAAGGCUGAAAGCGAAAAUGGAGACGGCGACAGUCGUGAAGAGGCAGAAGAUGCCACCGCUCCUGCGCCCCAGCCUCCCCCGCGCUCGAUUCUUAAGAAAUCAGGCGAAGCAGAGGCACAAAACAAGUUCAAUUUGUGGCAGACAGAAGCAUACCCAAGAGAGCACGCGCGAAAGCGAAAGAUCACAUUUAAGGAUGUGCAGCAGGAGGUUCACCUUUUUCAUCAAGAGAAAGAUACAAAGGAGAACGCAUAUGAAGAUCCUACAAGAGAGCCUUACCAAUACCAUCAAGAGGCUACAAACGCGAAUGAAGAUCCUACUACGAGAGAGGAGCCCCAUGCCCAAGCUCAGUGGCCGUUGAGUGAUCGUUUGGCAGAGCUGGAUCGCCUGAUUUAUGGGAUAUUUUCACUUUUUACAAACCUCCACCAGCUGACAGUGACACAAAAACACAGGUUCAACGGGUUGGCGUACUAGCCUACCUCUACCACUGCUAUAUUUAAGUUUGAGUUAUAAGUAAUAACUUUUACUACUUAUAUAUAUGAAGUCCUUGCCCUUUAUGAUAUUAUUUUUCUCUUCUUCUAAGCUUCAGAUGGAAACUUGGCCAAGAAGCUACCGUGGUUCGAGGAUCUCGCAAGCAAGGACGAGCUUAAGCUCCUCAAGGGGCAUCUCGACCAAGUGUGGGAUAAAUUCGUAUCUUCCGUUGAUCGUAAGAAAAAGUUCUUUCGGGUAAUUCUGGAGACCAAGAACAGGGAGCAAGUGAUGUACAAGGCGUUUCAGAUUCUAGAGACCAAGAACGCGCAGAUGAAGAAGCAAUCCACUGAGCUUUUCGAAGCCGCGUUAGCUGCAUUUUAUGGGAGCAGAGACUUGCGCAAGUCUAAGAAAGAGACGAGUCUAGAGAGGGAAACUCUUCCGCUGCGGAAAGAAAUUGCAGACCUACGGCGCCCCAUUCGUAAACAAGUUGAGGAGCUCAAGAGCGAUAUUUUGGACUUUCAUACUAAAGUUGGCCAAUUUCAGGCUCUGGGCCUAGAUGGCGUUAUCGCAUCUCAGCUAAACGCCGAGUAUGAAAGGCUAAGCAUCAAGGUGACAGAAAUCAAAGCGCGAACCCAAAAAGCGAUGCAUCGACUUGACGUUUACCGACAGAGAUACAUAGAGGAGGCCUUCGUGAAGCCGUGUCAGCUUCUCGUGGACAUGAUGACACAAACAUGGGAGGGAUUCGUAGGCGCUUUAACAGAAGGGGCCGCUUCACCUGCUGAUGCCUUGACGCCGGAUGCAAAUAUUCAGCUUCAGUUUAAAGAAGCCACGGAGCGCCUCGCGGCGGCCGAGAAAAAGUUGCAGGAGCAUUUCAAGAGUACUAUGGCUAUAACGAUUUCGGAAGCGCAACGCUCCGAGUCUUCUAGCGUACUAACUACCUGAAUUUCCGCCCAGAACAAGGACGCACCUUCUCGAGGUCAAGAUCGUGAUGAUCCAAGGCUCCAAUAUGAAGAAUGGGCAAAAUGAAGAGAGGCUUCAAAAUAAAACUCGUACAACAAACAAACUACUACUCCACACGUGAUCGAGAUCGCGGGCCUCCAUCUAUACAAUUACAAAGGCAGUUCUUCUUCAUCUUUUCCUCUUCUUCGUAAGAGUCAGGGGGUUCAAAAAUCUUAGAGUAAUCAAAAAAAGCAUAACAAGAGGGUGGAAAAACAACAAACAAUAAGUGGGUUUUUAGUUUAAUUGUUCUUCAAAGUGCCAAGAAGAAGAAAGCGUGCAAGCAUUAAUUAAGGUAUAUGUCGCUCAUGCGUCACAAAAGAUACCUCCAGGACAGGUAAGUGAAUGAAUGAAUGAGCAAAGACACAAGCCAGCAUCGAUGUCAU